AUGGACCCCGACCCCCCGCGCGCGCCUGCCCCCACCUCGACCCCGCGCGCCGUCAACCCCGCGCGCAGCCCGGACCUCGACCCCCGCGACGCCCAGGCCUCGACCGCGUGCCCCAGACCUCGACCGCACGCCGCCCCGGGGGACCCCGACUCCGCGCGCCGCCAGACCUCGACCGCACGCGCGCCGCCCAGACCGCGACCCCGCACGCCGCUCCAAGAACAAGAGCAACACUUAUCAGAAGGGACCCAGAGCACCUCAGUGACCCUGGUCGUCUUCGUCGGUGUUGCGGUCGUGCCUGCACUGCAUCGCCACGCCACUGCACCAACUCGCCACUGCACCGCUAGCCUGUCUCCACCACCACCGUAG